AUGUCUUGUACCAAUCUUAAGCAUUAUCACGAGGAAGAUCACAAUGCCAAAGACUUUGUGGAGACUCACUUUUCCCACGGAGAUGUCAGCAUUAUAGAAGAAUCCACGGUUGAGCCUGCAAAAAGACUGCAUGAAUUGUUUUCUUCAGGACUAGUAAAAGGAGACAAAUUACUUCACAUAAGUGUUGGGGCAAUGGUCUACCCACUCCUUUCAGCCAGCAAUGUCUUCAAGAAUAUCUAUGUAAUGGAUGCAACAGAUACCAGUGUCAACCACUUCAAGCAAUGGCUGAAGAAAGGAGAUGGAGCCACAGAUUGGUCAUUUGCUUCCAAAUUAGUUUCUCAAUUGGAAGGCAACGUAGAUGGUUGGAAGGAAAAGGAAGAGCAAGUGAGAAGAGCAGUGAAAGACGUCUUUAAGUAUAAUCUCUUUAAUGAUAGUUCUACUGGUUCGGUGGCCAUACCUCAAGUAGAUUGUGUGCUCACAGUUUUCAUCUUCAACGUCAUUUGCAAAACUAAGGAGGAUUUCAAGAAGAGUCUGAAAACCUUCACAUCGUGGCUGAAAGUCGGUGGAUAUCUGGUCUUCUUUAUUACACUUAAUAUGACCUUUUAUCGGGUGGGCAAUCAGAAAUAUUCCACACUGACAGUACAUGAGAAGUUUGUUAGAGAGGCGGUGACUAAUGCUGGAUUUGCCAUUGAGAAAGACGAGGUCCUGCCCACCUCAGUAGAGAAUGAUAUAGUUGAUUAUGAGAAUAUGCUUUUUUUAGUAGCCCGGAAGUUGGACACAGCCAGGGAAAAGGGAAGAUUUCCUGAUACUGAACUUAGAAAUGGUGACUGGUGUGGCUAUACUAUAUAA